AUGGAUUUAGGUAAGAUUUUGGACGGCACGCCGGAGCCCAUUUUGACGGUGCCUGAUACGAUCCUGUUUGAGUCGAUUGCCGGGGCUGGUGUGAAUGGAUGGUCGGGAGACCAUAGUUUGGCGGUGCCUAUGACCGAGUUUCAGAAGGAAUUGACCGACCAGGUCAUUUCGUCGCACUAUAGCGACAUCCUCAAGUUUUUCGAGACAGACGGGCCGGUCAUGGUCGAGUCGCUUCAUACUCUGUAUACAAAUGCCCAGCUGGUGGCCACUCAUCCAUUUCUGCUCGUAGACCACUAUCUUCCGAAGAAUCUGCUGCUGCGAGAAGUGCCGCUACGACUCCAGCAUGCAAGUGGGAAGUUCAAGAUUCUAGGUGAUAUCCUCGAUAUCAUUAAAGAGUACAGAAUAACAGUGGGUCUGGUUUCUAGACCUGGAAAAACGCUGGAUCUGGUAGAAGCUUAUUUACAGGGCAAAUUUGUUAAUUAUAUUCGCCAUUCAGGUUCCCAACUUCGUGAUACCGGCAAAAUAGACCCCAAAUAUUCUACAAUUCAUCUGAUAGCGUCGUCUGAAUUGGAUAGUAAUUAUCCAGGAGAUGAACGAUUCGACUUGAUUAUCGCCUUUGAUCAGACAUUUUCCAUUAACGACCAUCAUAUUGCUGCCAUUCGUCGUAAUGGACGUCCCUCUCAGAGCUUAUCUAGUGGUGGUGGAGUAGGUAGCGGAGUUAGUGGAGUUACUGCAGGUGGUAGUAGUGGAAGCGGCCAGGAUCAGCCUCUGACACCUGUGAUUCGACUGAUUCCUGCGAAUUCCAUCGAACAUAUCUAUCUCAAAGUGAAACGAGACUGGGAUGCCAGUCAUACAGAAAACGGACACCCUCUCAGUUCUGGGGUCCACAGCGUGGUAGGUGUCGACCAUGGUCAUGGAUCGUUAGAUUCUGUACUUUCUGGUGAUACAUUCACAGAUGCAACUAAUGACGUGCAAUUUCUGCGUCGGGUGUUGGCAGGAACUGUUGUUCUGAGAGGUAAAGUGGGUGCGAUCCCAAAUGACUUGAAACCCAUCUAUGCACAGAACCUGAAACCACUAGCCAAAUGGCUUCAGACAUGCUCGACUGCAUGGCCUCUGCCUGAUUUAGCAGACAUUCCUGAAUACUCUGCUGCUGAUGUAGAGCGUACUCUACUUACUGAGGUUCACGGAGACGAUGCGUACAGCGUUAGUGUUAGCAGCCAUCGCUCAUCUCCUCCGGCCGGCUGGUCCCGGUCGUCUCAUACAAAUGGCAGUGGAGUGUCUAGAAAAGGGUCGAUAAAGCACGAGCGAAGUAAACUAUCGGAUCAUGAGUAUUACAAUGCUAAACGACUGAAACGAGAAACUGACUCGGUCGAAUAUCCCAGUCUAGGGACAUCCGAUCCUCUGCUGGUACUUCAAAUGAGUAAUACUCAUAGUAUAUCGGACGGCCCUCCUCAUCAUACAUCGGUGCUUACACAUCGUUUACUAAGAAGACUGGAAGAUGUUAUUAACGAGAAUUCCACUCUGAAAGCAGAAAUCCGCUCGUACCGUGCCCAGGCAUCAUCUCGCCAGAAAGAGUAUGAAGGGCUUCUCGAAGAGAUUGCAGACAAAAUCCUUAUAAUUGGAGAUUUAGAAACAAGAGUCAAAGCUGCUGAAAGAAAAACUGAGCGAUCUAUUGCCGACCUUGUUCGAUCGGACGAGAAAGUGAGCAAACUGACUGAAGAGCUUAAACAAACCAAAUCCAUUAUCUCCUCAACUGAAGUUCCCGAGAAGAAACUUUUGGACGAGCAAACAGCCAAGAUCGCUGAACUGAAUGCCGAAAUUCAUAAACUGGAAGAACGAGUCGAGUCUCGUAACGCUGAAAACGAGUAUAUGCGAACCGAGUACCAGAAAGCGUCAAGUGCUGCUGUUGAAGCACAUAACCAGAUCUCGGAACUCGAGCAAGAAAAGAAAGCUCUCGAGAAGAAAGUCCAGUCAGAAGCUGUACGGUUACGAACACUCUCGUUUGACGAAGAGCGGUUCCAAAAAGACCAAACCAUUCGAGAACUCACUUCACGAGUCGCUGCUCUCGAAGAACAUCUCAAAAGGAUCCUGGGAUCGGACCGCCACACAAAUAACAGUCUCUCCCGGUCCCGAUACACCUCCCGUGCUUCGAGUGUACCCCGCCGGACCCGUAGUCCGGGCUCCUCUGGCGUCAACGCUGCCACUCCGUCUGUAGCAUCGUCCACACCGACCUCCAACAGCUAA